GUUAGCGGUAUUUCUGGAAAUAUUCUCCUGCCUUGCAACAAAGUCUUUCUGACUGUCUCUCUGUCACCCUCAGAACCCUCAAUCACUGAUUAUUUCUAUGUCAUUGAUGAUGUGUGUUUUAACGCAGACAUGCUUCUUGGGUAUCACACCAUGUCUCGUUUCAAUAUCUCCCUGUUUCCUUUCACCCAUCAAAUUGCUCAAAAUGGUACCUUUCUCUCUGCUUCUCACCCCCAGGUUCUCAUUAUCUUCCUCCUGUUGCCAGUGUCACGCCUCUGCCUCACACUGCCCCUGUUCUCGUCACCCAGACUUCCUCUGAGUCAUCCUCAGUGACUCAUGACCCUUCCCUUACCUCAUCCUCCACUCCAGCGAUGCGCUGUUCAACAACAUCAACAUCCCCUCCCCUUCCACGACACUCUCUGACGUUCUCUCAUCCACGGUGAAUGGUAAAGCUGUGUUGGCUGCCCCUGUGGUUGUCACCCCAGCUGACCUUUGCCUGGUGCGAGUGAAUGUCAAGCAUGUCCUCCCUGGGACAGACAUCAUAUGUUUGCCCGACACUGCCCGAGUGAAAGGUGUUGCUCUCGAAUCUGUUCUCUCUACUGUCGAGGAUGAUGGUUCUUGCCUUGUGGCUAUUCAAAAUCUUACAAAUCAUUCACUCUCCCUCCAGUCUGGCAUGCAUCUGGGUGAUGUAUUUCCUUAUCCUGCUCCUGUUACUCCUGUCACUUCUUCACCUUGUCAUGCUUCUUUACCUUCGUCACCCGUCAGUGACUCCCCUUCACACCCUCCACCCAUCCUUGCUCACCACCUUGGAGAGAUCGACAUCCCUGAAUCAAAGGCAGAUUUACUCUCCCUCUUGUCACCCUACAGAUCCUGUGUCUCCCUUCCUAGCGAACCUCUGGGCAAGACCGAUGCUGUUCAGCACUCCAUUCACCUCACAUCAGGCUCGACUCCCACCUAUGUCCCUGCUUACCGUAUCCCUCACAGUCGCAGGGCAAUGGUGGACGAUGCUGUCAGAGCCAUGCUUCAGGAUGACGUCAUUGAACCUGCAGCUUCGCCUUUCAACGCUCCGCUUUUCUUGGUUCCCAAGUCUGAUGGAGGCCUGGCUGCAGAGCAAUCCCAAGCCACCUGUUGCAUCAAGAUCAAGAUCAAGAUCAAGGCAAAACAAUUGCCUGGAAUAUAUUGGCGAAGACGAGACGGUGAGGAAUGUUGUGGAUGCCGUAAAGAGUGUGGAAGACAAGGGCAUGAGUGUGGCCAUCGUGGGUGUCAUGCAGAGAUCCAGGGAAGGCCCGUUCUACGAGCGCCUAAGAAGAUCCACCAACAGAAGACUGCAAGAGGAGCUGCUGAAAAUGAAGAUUGAGU